CGCUCCGUGCUGCCGCCGCGCACGCACGCGCAUGUCGCUCGUUGUUGAAUUCGGUGAUGUGAGGUGGCCCCCGCCGCUACCGCAGCGCCGCGCGAUUAACGCGCUUGUUUCGCGAAAAAGUGCGCCAGGUGAAGGCUCGAGAGCCUUCGAGCCGGCAAGACGCCGUCCACCGUGGAUCUGAGGUACGGCGCCAUGGCGGCGACCACGUAUAUGCCGGGAGAGCUGGAUCUCGGCAGCAUCGGCGGGUACCAUGCCGCCUCGCCGCGUAGCGCCGAGCCCGCCGAUAUGAAGUACCAGCACCAUCUACACGCCGGCGGUUCACCGUCUCCGGGUGCGCCCGUGGGUAUAAACCCAUGGGCCUCCCUGCCGCCGGCCGACCCUUGGGCCGUGCACCAGCAUCACGCUCACGCGCACCAGCCCGACAUCAAACCACCUGCAGCUCCGCACGAACAUCGCCACCUGCAAAGCCAUGGCUGGCAUGCGCCAGUUGUUUCUGCGCACUACGGUGCAGGCUCACCGGUGGCGCUGCACGGCGGCUAUCCGGUGCCCAUGCACCAGCACCACAUGUUACGUGAUGUGCAACCCUCGCCUCAUCCACUUCAUCACCAUCACGCACUUGAGCGCGAUCAGCCAGAAGAGGACACGCCCACCAGUGAUGACCUAGAGGCCUUCGCCAAACAGUUCAAGCAGCGUCGUAUAAAACUCGGUUUCACCCAGGCAGAUGUAGGUCUCGCGCUCGGCACACUCUAUGGAAACGUUUUCUCUCAGACAACGAUAUGCCGAUUCGAGGCUUUGCAGCUCAGUUUUAAAAAUAUGUGUAAGUUGAAACCGCUCCUACAAAAGUGGCUUGAAGAGGCAGAUUCGACGACAGGGAGUCCCACAAGUAUCGAUAAAAUAGCCGCGCAGGGUCGUAAGCGAAAGAAGCGCACCUCCAUCGAAGUGUCAGUAAAAGGAGCGCUCGAACAGCACUUCCAUAAGCAACCGAAACCCUCCGCUCAGGAGAUAACAAGCCUCGCAGACAGUUUACAGCUAGAGAAAGAAGUUGUGCGAGUCUGGUUCUGUAACCGCCGGCAAAAGGAAAAGAGGAUGACACCGCCGAAUACACUGGGCGGAGAGAUGCUAGAUGGCAUGGGUCACGGGCAUUAUGGGCACGACGUGCAUGGGUCUCCGCCUCUGCACGCGCACUCGCCCGCUUUGUCACCGCCGCACGGGCAGCACGGUCAGCACGCGCCGCACGCGCCGCACUCCCAGCAUCCGCAACACGGCCUACAGAGCGCGCACACGCUUGCGGCGCACUAACAGUUCGCCCCGUGGGCGCCGCCGCGGCCCUUCUACGCGGAGCCGCACUAGCCGCCCGCGGGACCUGUACAUAGCUGUACAUACACGCCGAAGGGGCGUGCCGCGGUCGUCGCACUGUAUAUAGUUCGCGAAAGCCCAGUUUCAGUUGUUUUUCUCUAAUUGGCGUGCGGCCGCGGAGCCAGUGACCUCGUAGUGUGUGACAAUGCGGAGACAGUUCGCGACAACGAGAAUGGGCGCGCUCGUCGCCAUCGCCGCCGUCGCCGCCGCCGGUGGUAAGUACGAGUGCGCCCGCCGAAGUCCGACAUGCCCGGCGCCCGGCGAGGGUCGCCCCGCGCUACACGUAUACACGAGAGACAAUUUCAUCGAAUUUAUUUAUAGAUAUUAUAAAGUAACGAUGUUCAUAAUGCCUGCCGACAGGUAGGGAUUAGUCGUGGUGUGGAUUAAAUUUUAAACCGUUGCUACUACUGUAAACUUACUAUUAGUGAUGAGGUUGAAAGUGAAGCGUACGAAUCGGGUCGAAGCUUCGUUCAGUGAGGGAAUACGAUUGAGUCAAUAGGUGCAAUUUUUAAUUUAAGUGCCCGACGAAGCGUAGCGGCGCGGCGCGACGGACUCGCGCCAUCGCCCCGCGCCGCUCACCCCGCUCCCGUAAUUUAUUGAAAAUUAAGCAGAUACGAUGCCAAAAUGGUUUUAUUCCUGUUUUUGAUUGUUUUGUUGUUUUUUCGUUUAUAUGUAAUUGUGGCCAAUUUCGGUACUUAAUUCUUGUAUAAAUAGGUAUUUUUUUUAUAUAAAAUAAUGUUACUGCAACGUAUAUAAUGAUAUAUAUUAAAAUGUUCUUUAUAGAAACUGAGAUAUAAUGAUGACUUUUAUUGAGCAUGUCUGUUCGUGUUGGAGGGCCCCAUUAGACAUGUUUAGUUUUAACUUACGAGCUAGCCUGAGUGCAGAGUACUGUGUUGUAAACGAUACGAGUGCGAGUGCCGUCGUACCGAGUGUUGUGUACCGAGUGUCGUGAGCCGAGUGCAGUGCGCGGUGUGCAGCGCUCGCCAGAAUCGAACCAAACCCAAUUUUGUAAAUGUAAUUAAUUCGUUAUUCUCAACGAAGUUGACAAGUUGAUAUGUAUAUAACUGUAUAAACUAUAUUAGGUAAUAACGAACAGACGGCAGUGGUAGUGCAAGCCUCUAGUAGGUAAAUAAUGAAUAAUUAGUCUUAAAAUGUUUUAUAUUAUUAUCUAAGUAUUUAAAUAAACCAGAGUAAAUAUUU